AUGCAGUGCAUGCCUUUCGGGUCUGAGACUUUUAUGCUAAGUAGACUUCCAGCAGCAGCAGCAGUAGCAGAAGCAGAGGAUCAGAGACCUGACUCAGUCACGACGAGUCUAUGUAACUCCAGUGGUUCAAAUCCAUCAGUGACUCCUCUGGAGAAAGAUGGACAAUUUUCUGCUGAUGCAGCUUACGAACAAAGGAAGAACUAUGCAAGAGACAGUAUCAGCAGUGUUACAGAUGUGUCCCAGUACCGAGUUGAACACUUGACUACUUUUGUUCUGGACCGCAAAGAUGCUAUGAUAACUAUUGAUGAUGGAAUCAGGAAGCUGAAAUUGCUUGAUGCCAAAGGCAAAGUGUGGACUCAAGAUAUGAUUCUUCAAGUCGAUGACAAAGCCGUGAGCCUGAUUGAUUUAGAAUCAAAGAAUGAAUUGGAGAAUUUUCCUUUAAACACGAUCCAGCACUGCCAGGCUGUGAUGCAUUCCUGCAACUAUGAUUCACUUCUUGCCCUGGUAUGCAAAGAACCCACCCAAAGCAAGCCAGAUCUUCAUCUUUUCCAAUGUGAUGAGAUUAAGGCAAACCUAAUUAGUGAAGAUAUUGAAAGUGCAAUCAGUGACAGCAAAGGUGGGAAACAGAAGAGGCGGCCUGAGGCCCUGAGAAUGAUUUCCAAAGCAGAUCCAGGUAUACCACCUCCUCCAAGAGCUCCUGCCCCAGUGCCCCCUGGGACCGUCACUCAGGUGGAUGUUAGAAGUCGAGUGGCAGCAUGGUCUGCUUGGGCAGCUGACCAAGGAGAUUUUGAGAAACCAAGGCAUUACCACGAGCAGGAAGAAACACCUGAGAUGAUGGCUGCCCGGAUUGACAGAGAUGUGCAAAUCUUAAACCACAUUUUGGAUGACAUUGAGUUUUUUAUUACAAAACUCCAAAAAGCAGCUGAAGCAUUUGCUGAGCUUUCUAAAAGGAAAAAGACUAAGAAAAAUAAAAAGAAAGGGCCAGGAGAGGGUGUUUUAACACUGCGGGCAAAACCCCCACCUCCUGAUGAAUUUAUUGACUGUUUCCAAAAGUUUAAACAUGGAUUUAAUCUUCUGGUGGUGCAGGCUACCGGAGGUCCUGAACUAGCCAGCUCAGUCCUCAGCCCCUUGUUGACUAAGGAUGCAGUUGAUUUCUUAAAUUAUACUGUCAAUACUGAUGAACGCCAUUUGUGGAUAUCAUUAGGUGAAACUUGGUUGAAAGCCAGAGCCGAUUGGCCAAAAGAACAGUUUAUCGCCCCCUAUGUCCCACGCUUCCGCAAUGGGUGGGAGCCUCCAAUGCUGAACUUCAUGGGGGCACCAAUGGAGCAAGAUCUUUAUCAGUUGGCUGAAUCUGUGGCAAAUGUAGCAGAGCAUCAGCGUAAACAAGACACAAAACGAUUAUCCCCAGAGCAGUCCAGUGUAUCAGAGUAUUCUCCAGCUGAUGGAUAUGCUUUCAAUAGCAACGUUUACUCAAGAGCCCCCCAUGUGGAUCAAGGCGAAGCUGCUGUGAUUAAACCUCAUCGCCAUGUAGAUAGAAAUUAUGAUCUACUCAAAACACAACCCAAGAAAUAUGCCAAAUCCAAGUAUGAAUUUACAGCAAGGAACAACAGUGAGCUCUCUGUUCAAAAGGAUGAUAUUUUAGAGAUCCUUGAUGAUAGGAAGCAAUGGUGGAAAGUUCGAAAUGCAAGUGGAGAUUGUGGAUUUGUGCCAAAUAACAUUCUGGAUAUCGUGAGACCUCCAGAAUCCGGAUUAGGACGUGCUGAUCCACCUUACACUCAUACCAUCCAGAAACAAAGGAUGGAGUAUGGCCCAAGGCCGACUGAUACUCCCUCUGCUCCAUCACCUCCUCCAACACCAGCUCCAGUUCCGGUCCCCCUCCCACCUUCUGCUCCAGCACCUGUUCCUGGGUCAAAGGUGCCGGCAAGUGUAACUCGUCAGAACAGCAACUCCAGUGACAGUGGUGGCAGCAUCAUGAGAGACAGCCAGAGACACAAACAACUCCCUGUGGACCGAAGGAAAUCUCAGAUGGAGGAAGUGCAAGGUGAACUCCUUACCAGACUGACCAUCGGUCGGAGUGCUGCUCAGAAGAAGACCCACAUGCCACGGCAGAAUGUGCCAGUUGUCAAUAUCACCUAUGACUCGACACCAGAGGAUGUGAAGGCAUGGCUGCAGUCAAAGCGAUUCAACCCUGUGACUGUAAAUAGCCUUGGAGUAUUAAAUGGAGCACAACUUUUCUCUCUCAAUAAAGAUGAACUGAGGACAGUGUGCCCUGAAGGGGCCAGAGUCUUUAGUCAGAUCACUGUACAGAAAGCUGCGCUAGAGGAUAACAAUGGCAGCUCCGAGUUGCAAGAAAUUAUGCGAAGAAGACAGGAGAAAAUCAGUGCAGCUGCUAGUGAUUCAGGAGUGGAGUCUUUUGACGAGGGAAGCAGUCACUAA